UAGCAAUUAGUAAAGAACUCUUAUACUCUAUCGUUACGGUUCAUAGAUAGUUAUCAGAGAGCUCGGAAUCAUGCCAUCCAUGGCGUCAUUUGUUUGCCGGAAACUCCAUUCCAGACAUUCGAAUAUCAUGAUUAGGUUCUUUUCUUCGCCACCGGUUAAGAAUCAGAGAAUUGAAAAGAUACUCAUCGCCAACAGAGGCGAGAUUGCUUGUAGAAUCAUGAGGACAGCUAAGAGAUUGGGGAUUCGGACAGUCGCAGUCUACAGUGACGCCGAUAGGAACAGCCUUCACGUCAAGUCAGCCGACGAGGCCGUUCGUGUCGGUCCCCCUCCGGCUCGGCUGAGCUAUCUCAAUGCGCCAUCCAUUAUUGAAGCUGCGAUUAGGACGGGCGCUCAGGCUAUCCAUCCUGGGUAUGGUUUCUUAUCAGAAAAUGCCGAGUUUGCUGAACUCUGUCAACAAGAGGGCUUUAUUUUUGUUGGACCUCCACCAUCUGCGAUCAGAGAUAUGGGUGAUAAAAGUGCAUCCAAAAGAAUAAUGGGUGCAGCAGGGGUGCCACUUGUUCCUGGUUAUCAUGGUGAUGAACAAAGUAUUGACUUCAUGAAGUCAGAAGCAGACAAAAUUGGAUAUCCUGUUCUGAUAAAACCAACUCAUGGGGGUGGAGGGAAGGGGAUGAGGAUAGUAAACAAUCCUGAUGAAUUUGUUGACUCAUUUUUGGGAGCACAAAGGGAAGCUGCUGCAUCUUUUGGAGUGGAUAAAAUCUUACUGGAGAAAUAUAUCACUCGACCAAGGCACAUAGAAGUUCAGAUAUUUGGGGAUAAACAUGGAAAUGUUGUACAUCUGUAUGAGAGAGAUUGCAGUGUGCAAAGAAGACACCAGAAAAUAAUUGAAGAAGCACCGGCACCCAAUGUUGCAGAUGACUUCCGCUCUCAUGUUGGUCAAGCUGCUGUCAAUGCAGCCAAGGCAGUUGGUUAUCACAAUGCUGGAACAGUGGAGUUUAUUGUUGACACAUCAUCUGGAGAGUUCUAUUUUAUGGAGAUGAAUACACGUCUUCAGGUUGAACAUCCUGUUACUGAGAUGAUUGUUGGCCAAGAUCUUGUAGAGUGGCAGAUACGCGUAGCCAAUGGAGAAUCUCUUCCUAUCAGUCAAUCUGAGGUGCCUGUAGCAGGUCAUGCUUUUGAAGCUCGUAUAUAUGCUGAAAAUGUUCCAAAAGGAUUUCUUCCAGCAACUGGAGUUCUUCAUCAUUAUCGUCCAGUCCCAGUUUCUUCAGAAGUUAGGGUUGAGACGGGAGUUGAACAAGGUGAUACAGUCAGUAUGCAUUAUGACCCUAUGAUUGCUAAGCUUGUGGUAUGGGGAGAAAGUCGCGGCGCAGCUUUGAUCAAAUUGAAGGACUGCUUGUCAAAAUUUCAGGUUGCAGGUUUGCCAACCAAUAUAAAUUUUCUGACUAGGCUGGCAAGCCAUCCAGCAUUUGAGAACGGUGACGUUGAAACCCAUUUCAUCGAGCAUUUCAAAGAUGACCUAUUUAUCGAAUCAACAAAUAAUCCAGUACUUGCCCAAGGAAUAUGUGAUUCUGCUAAAUUGAGCGCAUCAAUUGUAGUGGCAUGCUUGUUUGAAAAGGAACAUGCAGCAAUUAUAAAACAGCCUCCUGGAGGCUUGUCUAUGUGGUAUGGCUGUCCUCCCUUUAGAGUAAAUCAUUCUGUCAAGCGUACUUUGGAACUUGAAUGGACUAAUGAAUACAGUGAUAGCAGCCCAAAACUUUUGAAACAUUCUAUUACCUACCAUCCAGAUGGGCUCUAUAUUAUUGAGACAGGAGAAAGUAGCUUGAAUUUGGAAAUUGAUUAUUUGGGUAGUGAUGAAUUUAGGGUUACGACGGGUGGAGCGAGCAUGGAUAUUACAAUAGCCACUUAUUUCAAGGAUAAAGAUAAACAUAUUCAUAUAUGGCGUGGUUCAGAACAUCAUCAGUUCAAGCAGAAGCUGCGAGUUGAUUGGUCAGAUGAUGUUGAAACCCAUACGAAGUCAACUUUUGAUACGACAGCAGCCCAUCCUCCUGGAACUGUACUCGCUCCAAUGGCUGGCCUAGUAGUAAAAGUUUUGGGAAAAAAUGGGUCUCAAGUUGAACAAGGACAACCUAUUUUAGUGUUGGAAGCGAUGAAAAUGGAGCACAUCGUGAAGGCACCACUUGCUGGGAUUGUUCAGGGGCUACAUGUGGAAGCCGGUCAGCAAGUUUCUGACAGCAGCAUUCUAUUUCAAGUCAAGGAAAAGUGAUAGUCCCGACGAUUCAUCACCAAACUAAGCUGAUUAGGAAGAUUGAAUCACUAUAUAACAGACAUCUUCACUGAAAAAAAAAACAGGUUUAUCAUUCCACAUGUGAAAUGAUUUCUCCUGUACAUGGUACUAUAAAAUCUCUUGCAAUACCAUAAUAAUCAUGGCUGGCUGACAAAUUUGACCUUUCUGUAGGAUGGGAUGAAUGUUAAGUCUGAAAAUGAAAGAUAGGGGGUAUUAUUAAGUUCAUAAAGUCAGUGCACAAAAUUGUAAAGAACCUGUUUUAAUUCCUAAUGAUAUUUAAUCUUGUAUAAUAAUAAUUUUCCUAUAUCGUGGCUACUAAGUUUUCGUAGGACC